CAAUAAAUUAAGGGAAAUGUUAGAGGAACAUCAUGCUGUAGGCAGCUUGUUAUUUAUGUACAUUUGCGCUUUGUAUAGACGUUUGAAACGUGAUCAGCCGGAAGAGUUAAAAGAGGCAGAAAUUCAACAACUACAUCAGCGUCCUCAUUCAGAUGAGGAAGAAAACAUUCAGCAUGCAACAAAUUUUGAUACUUAUAGUAAGUUUAAGAAACGUCCUGGAUAUUUUGAGUCGGUAGAGAUUCAACAACCUCAUUCUGAUGAGGAAAAAAGCAUUGAGCCUACAAUAAAUUUUGAGACUUAUAGUAAGUUUAAGAAACGUCCUGGAAUUUUUGAGUCGUUGUUUCUACCAAUGAAAGAACAAGAUAGUUUAGAGUUUUUCAAAAAUACGUGCAUGAAUGCUGCCAUGUUUGAUUCACUUGUUUUUAUGAUAAAAGUAGAAUUGGUGCGGUCCAACGUACCGAAAGAAAUCACUGUUGAAGAACGACUUGCUAUGACACUAACUUUUUUAGCAAAAGGACUUUCUUAUAGUUAUAUAGUUCGUGUCCAUAAACUAGACUGGGUAGAACUGGUACGAACAAUUCUAUUAGAGACUUCUGAAGCUUUAUGGAAGGUACUACAACCACUUUAUUUUGCUAAGCCAACUGAGGCAAAGUACAGUGAAUUGGCAAAAGGUUUUUUGGAAAAGUGGCACUUACCUUACUGUGUUGGGGCAGUCACAAACGAAGAAAUUAUACUCGCUCAUUCCAUUAGAAAAACAGAAUAUAAUCAUAUUAUACUAAUGGCCACCUGUGAUACGAACUAUAAACUUACAUCAGUUAGUAUUGGUAAUAAUGGACAAUUUUCUUCAUCGUCUUACGGUCACGCUCUGUUAGAAAAUAUCUUACCGUUGCCCGGUACGGGUCAGCGCACUGAAGUCAAUCCGUCAUUUCCACAUUAUUUUGCGGGCGAUUAUUCUUUUCCUUUACUCAAUAAUCUUAUGCGUCCUUUUCCUGGCAUGGAGCUAAGUAAGCGACGACAAAUUUUCAACUAUCGUUUAUCUCGUGGUCACCAAGUUAUUGAGAAUACUUUGGGUAUUAUUGCAGCGCGUUGGCAUAUAUUUAAAAAACCAAUAACAGCGAAAUCAACUGAAUGUAAAAAGUUCGUAUUGGCAGUUUGCGCUCUACACAAUUUUAUUAUGUCAAAUGAUACUGAUCACAUAUAUUGUCCAGAAAAGUAUGCAGAUUGGGAGGAUGAAAAUCAUAUAAUUAAAAAGGGGGAUUGGAGAAAGGACAUUGAAGAUAGAAAUCCGGCAAUAAGUCAUUCGAAAUGUUUAAUUCAAAAAUCAAGUCCCACUGCUUUUAAACAAAGGGAAGAUUUAGCGAAGUAUUUUGAAAACAAUGGAGCCGUAGAAUUUCAAGAUGAAUUCAUAAGGGGUAUUCAUUCUUAAAAUAAGUACUUGAAUGAAAUAUGUAUUUUGGGUUUUUUGUAAUUGUGUAAGAUGAUAUUCUAUAAAGUUCUGUAACCUGUAACAAAAAGAAAUAACAAUAACUUUAGCGAGCAAUAUCUUA